UAUCGAAACAGCAAUGUCGACAACGACGUCGGCUUCUAGCGAGUACGUCGACGUUCUCGCGCACAUUUAGUCGUCAGUCGACAACUGAACUUCGUUGUCGUAACUUCUUGCAAUUGUUGUUGCUAAUUUUCGUUCAUAUCCUUUCGACUCGUGUCUCGUCAAUUUUUUCUCAAUUUCUUUUUCAAUUUUCUUUUUAUCAACGAGUUUCUCUGUUCGUCAAUAAUCGUAAUACUCAUGUUAUAGGGCAUGAUUGAUCAGUUCUCAAACGGUAUCGUAUAACGCGUAGUGAGAGUGUUAUCAAUUCACCUCUUUCAACGAGUAACUGUUUGUGGUGGUGGUGAUGAUGAUGAUGGUGGCACCGGUGACAGUAGACUUUCGAUAACUUGAGAGAUUAAUGAGAUCAUCUGGAGAAAUCGAUGUCACAUGGGAAUUUCAUCUUUUCUCUCUUCGACAUUUAUUCAGAAUAUUAUUUUUUCAUGUAUAAUAGAAUAUAGUGAAUGUGGGAUCUUAAGAGACGUUCGUUAAGUUCGAAGAAAAAGCUAGAAGAUAAAGAUUCUAUAGAGAAAGUAGUCAUCGUCGAAGAGUAUCGCUCAAUGAUUGGUUUGCCUUGGGAAGAAAGAAGACAUGGGAGAUAUGAGGGGAUGCAAGAUAAUGAACGUUCGUGCAAAGAUCAAAGAUUUGAAAGAAAAGAGAACGUGGUGGAACAAAGGGAAAGGGAAAUUUUAAGAGUUAAGGGUUUGGAAAUGCCAGUACCACCACCGAUACCACCGGCGAUAGCUUCCAAUUGGAAGAACAAGUGGGAGUGUGAACACAAUUCGAAGGACAUCUGAUUGUUCAGUGACAGAAGCGCGAUCUUAGCAUGAUGACGCGCAAGGCAAAGUGGUCGCGCUUCGCGGAAUGCUUUUGUCGAAGACCUGGUAUAGUUUUACUCCUUCUUCCGUGUCUUGUCAUUGUGACAUUAUUUUUUGUUUCCGAAGAAAACAUCGUCUAUACGAAUUUCCAAUAUCCGUCCUACAGAUUCUACAACGAUACUAACGGUACGAUGGACGGUUUUCUCGUAUGGAAUUCGAAGUGUCAUAUGUUAUCGAUAGACGCAUUAGAUCCAUCGAUCGUAAAGUUUGUAAAAAGGGAAAAGUUCGAGGAAUGUUUUAAAGGGAACCUUUACACGCGAAUAUCAAAAGGGGAAAACGAUACCAUCACCCUUCUCCUCGAUUCAAAAUUCAUGGCUGCUCAUAAAAAUAUGUUUUGUUGUUGGUCGCCGGUAAUUAGACCGAACUUUGAUAAUCCAAGAAAGCACAAAUUUGAUUCGACGAUAACAGUGAAACAAUGUGAAAGUUUGAAAACGCAAGCAACGAUACCAGACGACGUGGAAGUUGUUUUGGUGAAUUGUCAAAUUAAAUCGAAGAAGAAAAAGAAACAAACGAUAUAUGAAAACGUCCAUGCCAUUUUGAAUCCACGUAAGGUCUACGAUCGUCUGGAGAACGGCACGAAUAACAACGUGACAUAUGGUCUCCCGAGAAAACUCAGUAUUCUCGUUCUUGGUAUCGACAGUGUAAGCCGAUUAAACUUUCAAAGAAGUAUGCCAAAGACCGAAAAGUAUCUUCGUGAGACCGGUUGGAUCGGCUUGAAGGGAUACAACAAAAUGGGCGACAAUACUUUUCCAAACUUGAUGGCAAUUUUAACCGGUCAGAAUCAAGAACAGGCAUACUCGAGAUGUAAACCUUCGGAAGCUUAUAAACUCGAUCGUUGUCCUUUUCUCUGGUAUAAUUUCCGCAAUGCAGGAUACAUCACGGCAUACGGCGAGGACGAGACCGUUUUGAACACAUUUAACUAUCUAAAAGUAGGUUUCGUGCAACCACCAACGGACUAUUAUCUACGGCCUUACAUGCUGGCAAGCGAAAAGCUUCUUAAAUCUAAGAACAGAUUUAAUCUUAAAUAUUGCACUGGCCCUGAAACGAGCUUCGAUAGGAUCUUUAAUUACGCUAUGGAGUUUGCUCAAACGUUCGUGAACGUACCGUAUUUUGGAUUUUUUUGGACUAAUUCGAUAAGCCAUGAGAACGUGAAUGGACCAUCCUUAAUGGAUUCCCAAAUGUUUCGAAAAUUGCAAAUUCUCAAAGAGGAAGGGGUUCUUAACGACACGAUGAUCGUGUUUUUGAGUGAUCACGGCAUGCGUUGGGGUAACAUCAGAGAGACAUUCGUUGGUUGGUACGAGGAAAGAUUACCUUUCAUCUAUAUAUGGUUACCAGAUUGGUUCCGUAAUGAAAAUCCGGAUGCUUAUCAGGCUCUGAAAUUAAAUGAAAAUCGUCUGACUUCUCCGUUUGAUCUCUACGAAACAUUCAGGGAUAUUUUAUUAACAGCUGGUGGAGAUGCCGAUGUUUCUCCAGGUUGUCCAAGCUGUAACAGUCUGUUCGAGCCAAUUCCAAGAGAAAGAUCGUGUCAAGAUGCUUCAAUCGCACCUCACUGGUGUGCCUGUACAGCUUUUAGAACAGCUAAUACAGAUGAUAAAAUCGUGAUUGGUGGUGUGAACAGUUUUUUAAAUCAUAUAGAAAAUAUCGUGAAGGAUUACAAGGAUAAGAAGGGUAAAAGAUUGUGCGCGAAACUGCAACUGAAGAAAAUAUAUCGGGCCGAUCAGAUGUUACAUUUUAAUGAUAAAAAUUCAACGAGCAUAGAAUAUUUCUGUAUGAUUCAGGUGACCCCAGGAAAUGGUAAAUUUGAGUUCACCGUACGAUAUAAUAGCAACGCUAGUUAUACCGUGUCGGAUCAUAAUGUGAGCAGGAUUAAUCCUUAUGCUACGAGUGCCAAGUGUUUGAAUCAUGGUAUGAAACAAUAUUGCUAUUGCGUCAAGUAGCAUCAAAGAUUUCGAUUGUAAUUUUUUUCUAAUCUUGUACAUGCACAUAUGUACAUAUAUACAUACAUACAUACAUACAUACAUAUAUAUAUAUAUGUGUGUGUGUGUGUGUGUGUGUGCGCGCCAUUUUAAUCAAAUUUUCAAUAUUUAGAAGCGUUAGUAAACGUUAACGUAACAGUUACGUAAAAGGCUCAGGAAUGUACGGAGGUCAUAGAUAUUAUUAAUCAGAAUUAUCGCAUGGCAAUUAAAGAAAAUGUAUGUUCAAGAUGUUUGCAAAAUGUAUGUUUGCAAAAUACUUAAAAAAAAAAAAAAAAAGAAAAAAACCAAUAAUUUUUAAAUUACUUUAGAUUCGCCAAUACAACGAAAUAUGAUAUUAUAGAAUGAAAUGGAGUCCGAUUUAUACAAGUCAAAUCGCAUGAAUGAUUUAAAUUACUUAAAGAAGACAAAUAAAACAAUCAUAAGGCUUAAUAGAUGAUAAUCGUGGAACUAAUGCUUGAAUAUCAUCCACAGUUGCCAAGUUCGAAAUUCGACGAGGUCUUAAUUUAUUUCUUUUUUCGAUAUUCCUCCUUUCUAUUCUCCCCUGAAACGAAGCCUAUAAAAUCUAUUUAAAUAGUAUCAAUCGAUUGAUAAUACUCUAAUGGCUAUGCGAUAUAAAUAAAAAAAAAAAACAUGAUAUAUCUUAUGAUAUAUGGAAAAUUUUUCGAAUUAAAUAUAUUUUCAGGACUAAUAUCUUCAAAAUGAUCACUGAUUAAUUUUUUUUUUUUUCGUCUUCGAUGAAUAUUUACUUUUUAUUUUAUUAUUACUUUUCAUAAAAUGCAACUUAAUCGUUGAAUGAUAAAUUGAUUCUUUCCUAUCUCUUUUCUUGUUUCUAAUAAUAUAUCUUUUUGUCGGAAACUUUGAUAACGUCAUUACGCAGUAUCAAUAUUGUCAUAGAGCUAUAGCGUCACCGAUAAAUUGACGUGAAUAAUUAAUAAUUUAAGAAAGCUUUGUAUCGUGAAUACGCUAUCUUAAUAUGCUACAUAUCUUAAUAAAAAAAAAAAAAAAAGAAAAAGAAAAAAAAGAAAAAAAAAAAGAAAUUAAUAUAAAGAACGUGUGUCUUAACGUGUGUAUGAGAGCGCGAGAUUGUAUAUUUCUGUAUGCUUACAUUGUAUAAGUUAGAACGCAGUUUCCAUUUGAAAAGUAUAAAGCUUUUUGUAUGAUUCUACAUAUCACAUCUCAUUGAGCUAGUUGAGUUUCUACAUAUCACGUUCUCUUUGAGCUAGCUGUUGAGCUGUGAUUAAAUACGUAUUAUAUAUAAAAGUGCCAAUUUUGAACAAUGAAUUGUACAAAGGGUUUAUUAAACGAAGCAGUACUUUCAUGUAUCUAUAGGUGAAUUUUUUUUUUUUUUUUUUUUGAAAUUAUUCUUCAUUUUAUUAUUUAACGUUAAACGAAUUUAAUUUUAAUAAUUCCUUCCAAUUUUUAUGAACGCAAAAUGAACGAUCGUAUCUUUAUUCGCGCUGAUCGAUAGACUAUAAAUAGUAUGACUGUAUAGUUAAUAAAAGUUUUUUCUACGUUUCAAAUAAUCUAUAUAUAUAUAUAUAUAUAUAUAUAUAUAUAUAUAUAUAUAUAUAUAUAUAUAGAUGAAUAGAUAUAAGUAAAUCUAUAGAUACAUAUAGAAAUUGUACAUUAUUAACAAUUUAUUACGUCCAUGUCCGAAAAGAGAAAUAUUUUACAUAUAUUAGGACGAAGGAUAUAUUAUCCAUACAAUGUACAUCCUUAUAUUAUGUAUAUAUCGAAAUAUGUACAUACAUGUAUAUAUUAUAUACAUAUAUACAUAUAUAUAUAUUUUUUUUAUUACAAUCAAUAAGUAAGCUUUGCAUACACCUGGCCUGAAUGCAUGUUAUAUAAAUACGUUUAAAAAUUCAUUCUGUAAUAAUUGCAAAAAGUGUGGAUCGAUAAGUAAAAUUCGUUAAAAUAUUAUCGUGUGCCUGCAAAGUGACGAGAUGAAAGAAUUUAUUUAAAAGAGCAGUAAAGCUAACGAUUAAUCGUUUAAAUGUCAGGGAUCAUUGAAAAAAUCUUCAACGCAUUUCGAUAGAUUCAAUUACGCAACACGAUCUUCUAGCACUUUUUGACGUCAUGAAAUGUGAAUAACGUGAUCGCGUUGCGUGGCAUUCGAACGUUUAAAUAAAUUCGAGUCGAUCUUACGGCACAAAUCUCACAAAAAUCAGAAUCAAAAUAUGCCGGAUAUCGAGCAAUUUCUUUUUGUACAAAAAGAUUUGCGCUUACGUACGAUCUAAUUAUAAGCAAUGCCUAUACAUAUAAGAAAAUAAACAAGAAGAAAAAUUGUAUGAAGAAAAGAUCAAUAAUAUGUUUGAACGAUUA